AUGGCAGCUGGGUUAAGACAAAUGAAGUUACAUAACAAAAGAAAGUCAAAUGAAUUGGAGGAUAUUUCAAAUAUUCAUAAAAAGUCAAGGACUGUAUCGUUCAAAAACCAAAGUGAAACCAAGAAACCAAUAACCAGACUGAACCUUAACCGAAAGCGUACUCACUUUGUCACUCCACCAUCGCCACCUCAACAACGAUCGUCACCGCCAGCCACUUGUUUGGAAGAUGUAACUCCUCAGCAUCAACAAGAUAACGACCAUGAUACUGAACAAGACCAACAACAACAUCACCACCAUGUUUCAUUUCCCGCCACGCCACCAGAAUCAAUAAAUGACGGAGGCUCAACCCCAAUAGCAGCCGCCACCAAUAGUAACAGAAAUGAUAGCUACAACGAGAAUAACAACACCAGCAGCAACAAUGAUAACGAAUAUAAAGAUGCCAAGAAUAAGGAUGUGCAAACACUUUCUGCAAGUAAUGGUAUAUCUGCCAACAAUAGCACUGGUGGCACCUACGCAGAAGUUACUACAUCUUCUUCAACGGAUGGCGAAACCAUCAAGCAAGACUUGAACGAGAAUCCCGACUACAUUGCCCUAACAUCGUCAUUACGAAUGGCAAAGAUAACUAAUGCCAAAAUAAAUCAAGAUAUUAUCGAAUUAUCGAAGUUGCAACAAUAUUAUUCUACAAAUGCAAAUAAAGAAGAAACCAUUCAAUUCUUUCUCAAAUUAAUUAAUAACGAAUUGAAUUUGCCCAAACCCACUAAAAUUACCAAAUGUCCUAUCAUAAAUUGGUCUAAAUAUCAUCCUUGUUUAUCUCAAGUCAAUAAAGAUUUUGAAAAUCAAUUACGUAAAUGCGAUAAAAAGGAACAGGCCAAGAAUUCAUUGUAUAAAGCUCUCAACUUGUUUGAUAAAUUGAAAUAA